AUGGGGGCAGCGGCCUCCUCCAGUUUGGAAGAAUAUGCGGCGUCAGCGGACGUUCGAAGCGAGCUGCAGCAGACGCAGCAGCACCCGCAUCAGGGAGGGGAGUUGCUGCAGCAUCAGCAAGAGCACCAGCAGUUCAUGAGGAGAGGAGGAGGAGCAGCUGCGGACCCCCCUCUAGUGCCUCCAACUGCAGCGCGGAAUUCACUCUCUGCCGACGGUGAUACCUUUGCUGCUGCUGCUGAAACAGCUGCAAUACCUGCAGCAACACUAUCAGCAGGUGCAGCACCAGCAGGUAGUGAUGGCUUGAUGGAUCGAGCGUCUAUGUACGCAGGUCCCCAGAAGGGGAUGCGAUCAAUGGGCUUGGAUUCUCUUUUCCAAUUGCCUAAGCUGGCGCUAGCUGCUGCUGUGUGGCCCGAUGAUGCCUCAUCAUCAUCGGGGUCCUUAGCAGCUGCAAAAAAGGUGCUGCAGCAGCGGGAGGUUCGGGAUCCGAUCCCCGCCGUGCAUGCAUGCCUCAGCCGCUACAAAACCAUCCUCUUGCAAAACCGCCUGGCGGCGCUCGAGAAGAAAGAUAAGAGAGGAGAAAUAGAAGGGGGGGCUUCAAGGGGAGAGACGUCAUUUAGAGAAGGUGGAGGCUUACACAAAGAAAGCCGGGGAGUACCUACAGCUCAAUGUGUGAUUCCACCUGAAGACGCCUUCGACUGCAUUUCACUUGCAGGGCUCACAAUGAUGGAGACAGGCCUCCUUUCAGAUCCUUCUUUAGGUUGCCUCUCCCGCUGCGUCGGCACUUACAAGAAGCUGUACAGACUUAGACUGCAGCUGGAAGAUAAACUGCAGCAAACAGAACGGAGGCUGAGGAAGGCAAAGAACACAAGAAACUCUUACAGCAUAAGCAAGCACAGAAACAUACGGAAACCCCAUAAUGGCCAACAAGAAGUCACGCAAACUGACAGCAACAGCAGCAGCAGCGACAGCAACCGCUACAGCGGUGCAGAAGGGAAGAACUCAAAAGGUGCUUCUUUUGAAGAACGCUCCAGAGAAGGCCGAAGAAAACCUCCACUGCAACAUAUCGAGCAGCAGCAGCAGCAAAAGGCACAUAAGCGGCAGCAAGAUGAUGUAAAGACUGCAUGCAGGGGUGCCGUUGACUGCGCGUCUGCUGGUGUUCGCCGGGUGGCUGCUGCUGAUGAUGGUUCGUCCUCUGUUGCUGCUGGCUGCGCAGGAGAUCCCCAGGAGCUGUUGCAGUUGCAGUGUACGUACAUGGAGUUGCGAGAAGAUAUUGAAACCUUACAGAGGGCCUGUGGGGAGUUGCAUGCGCUGCUGCAGCAGGUGUGGCUGACUGCGAAAAUGCCUUUAGAACACAAAAUAAACAAAGUGGAAUUCAGACGCCUUUGGUGCUGUGCAGAAAACAACAAGCAACAAAACCAACUAGCCGACAAUCUCUUCGAACUCUGCCGUCGCGAAGCCAACCGACUUGAAAACCCCACCGACAAUAGAAACAGCAGAAGCAGCAGCAACCCUAGCAGCAGCAGUAGCGGAAGCCACAGCAGCAGUAGCGGAAGCAACAGCAGCAGCAACAGCACGGGCAGCAGCAGUACCAGCGGCAACAGCAGCAGCAGCUGCCGUUGCGGCUGUGGAGGUGGGGAUUCAGACCGAUUGACGUUCACAGAUUUGCUGCACCAGCUACCCCCAAAGGCGCUGGAGAGUAUGUGGUGCCGUGCAGAGUUGCGUCGGAAGGAAAGACAGCAGUUCCGGUACUUUUGGAUUUAG